UCUAUGUGUAAAGAGAUUAUACGAAAAAAUUAAAAAAAAAACUGUUUUUUCUCUGAUAACUUUAACUUUUAUAAUUUUUUAUGCUUCAAAACCUAUUGAACAAUUUUUACAACAAACAAUUACUGUGAAUCUUUUGGGAGAAAAUUUUUCUGUUAACUAUUGUACGCAUUCAAACAACUUAAAAGAAAAUAGAAAAAUAAAAAAUGAAUUUUCUAAAUUUUCCAAAGCCUGGAAAUUUCUACAUGAAAUGGCGACAACUCCUUCCACAAUAUAUAACCAAUGCGAUAUGAGAUGGCUUCAAAAAGAUGCUAUUCCUUGGUUUAACAAAUAUGGAAGAACAGAUGUUGAAACUAGCUAUAUAAGUAUUUGGGAGAUUCAACCCGCAGGUCAAUUUAGUAGAGUUGUACUUCAAACUCAAUACCCAAAUGGUUCUCAUAAGCUAUUUGGUGGUGAUUUUUGGAGAUGUUUUGUGAGAGGAAAAACAUCUGUCCCUGUUGCAACAAAAGAUUUUUUGAACGGGUCUUACGAGUUUCAGUUUUUGCUUAUGGAAAGUGGAAAUUACACAUUAAGCUUAUCACUAGAAUACACAUUGUGUGAUGGGAUAAAAGAGCCACCUUCUGAUUGGUUUAUUAAAGGAAAUGUCCAAGGCAAAGAACAAAAGCAAGGAAUACUACUAAAUGAUAUGCCAUAUAUCAACAAACCUUUGUGGAAUGGUACAACAAUUAAAUUUAUGGUUCCUCCACCAAACCAGUGCAUUGAAGAAAAACGAUCUUUUCUUCAAAAGCAAUGUAAUAAAAGAACAAGUUGUAAGUUUUUAUGGCAUGGAUAUGGGAGUUGGAUAAACAAGACAACAUGGAUACCAUAUUGCGAAAAUUUGAAAGUACACUAUCCGCGUUACAAGGAAGGAAUUUUAUGGAUUUUUGGGGACUCCGUUUCAUCACAGUUUUACCACAGUAUAAAAAAAAACAGAAUUUGUAAAAACAUAUUUCGAAACUGUUUGUACACUUAUAACUGGAUUUACAGUCUUGAAAAUUACAAUCUAACAAUAAAUAAAUACAUUAGACGUAACAAUUCAAUCGAAAAGACACUUUGGGACAACAACGACUUUCAAGUUAGCAAGGUAAUUGAUGAAUUAAAGCAAGUAUUAUAUCAUCCUUCUAUGGAUGAAAAAAGUGUACUGUUAUUAAACUAUGGUCUACACUACACGGAAGCAACAAAUUAUACAAAUUUUCAAAACUUAAUUCGUGAAAUAAUAAAACUCGGUAAAACUGUUCGUUGCAAACUUGUCUGGCGUACAUCUACUAGUUUGAACAGACAUAAAUAUUCAAUGCCUAAUUUGCAUUCAAGAAGAUUCAUGACAUCACAGAGAAUUCUCCUUUAUAACGCUUUUGCAACAAAAGAGUUUUGUGCUGCGGGCUAUGAUAUUCUUGAUGUUUACCCAAUUACAGAUUCUUACCCCGAAGGGACUGGAAGCAAAAUGUUUCCUCAUGAUCCUGUACAUUAUGAACAACACGUGAUGAAGCCAGUUGAACAGCUGUUAGAACGAGUUUUUGGCUCAAAACAAUAACACCAAAAAUUCGAUACUGUUUAUUUAUGCUUUUUUUCUUCACAUUCAAACCUUUAUUUAAUUAUUAGAAAAUAAUACCCUAUUAACUAUUACAAUUUAGUUAAAUGUAAUAGUGAUAAAAAUUACAUAAUUUUUACAAUUUAUAUAUAUUUUCAUUA